UAGGUUGAUGGCUGUAUUUUAAGAUGUUCGUUAUUUUAAAUCACAUUUAUAUUUAUUUGAAAUCUUGAGCGGUUGAACCUUGCACAUAAAAUUCAUGUGAUCGGUUGACUGCUAACUUUAGUAAUAAUUAUUUCCGGGUUUAGUCGGUAAUGCGAUGCGAUUCUGCGUAUGAAUACUAAUGUAAAUUACGAUAUGUAACAAACAACCUGGAUUGUCUCGAUGAGUUUUACAAAUUGAAAGCUCUUAUAUGUCAAAUUGUAGCUAUCAUAGAAAUAUGUUAAUUGUUAGAGUUCUAUAUGUUGCAUUCUCGAGCUGGGAGUUUGGUAUGAGAUGAUAACCGUCAAUUUCCCAAGGAAUGGUAAUUGACUACCGCGGUAUUUGCUCAUAUCUGUGCUAUCAUAUUUGUUGUCAAGAUUAAUGAACUUCGACUUAAGUUAGAUUAGUUAAUAAUUAUAUUAUGACUUAUGAGAUAUGAAUUCGAAUUAUCACAUAUAUAAACAAGUAUUCAUCUAGGUUUUAACUGCAGUUGAGUUUGUUGUUUAUUUCGUCAAUUCUUGAUCUUGUCUGCAUGGCCAUAUUAAAACCUUGCUCUCAGUAUUCAAAUGAACAGUCAACAGUUAUAAAGGAAAACAAUGUCCACGUCCAAAUCAAUUGAAAGGGAUCUCAAAACUCUCCGCGCAUCAAAGCUUAUGUCGACUUUUCCGAAGUAUAACAUGAUGAUUAUUCAAUUGGAGAAGUUUUAUAACGAAGAAGCAAAAAUAAUUGAAAAGAAUGAGAGAAAGGACCUUGAUUUAAGGCCUUUUCUUUAUGAUGAGGAUGACACGUACGAAAGACCAUUUUAUGACAUUCUUCUCAAACUCCUGUAUGACAUCGUCAGUUUCCAAAGCUAUAAAAAACAGCAAGAAGAUGUGAACAAAGUGUACGAGUGGUUUUUAACACAUAGAAGAUUGAUCAGCCAGGAUAUUAAUAACUGCGAUACAUCAUCCAGCGACAUUGAGGUUACGAGAGAGAAUAUUUCAACCCCCAAACUUCUGCUAAGACCUGCUACCGCUGAUAGUAGUUGCAAUCGUGUAUCUAGACAUGUGACUUGUUCACGUGACUUAAGAUCGUCAAUGACGCAUUAUGAAGAGAUUAAAAACCGAAACAGAAAGAAAUACAGUCCUUUGGAUAGUGUAUCAAUAGCGUUGAAAGUUAUUCCAUUGAACCAACAUAAAAACAAAUUAAAUAAUAAAACUCAUUCAAAACUUGAACGAAAUACUUCUUAUUUUCCCACUCGCCCACAAAGAAAGUGUUCUUUGCCAGCAGAUUUUAUUUUGAAACCAUGUAAACAGACGUCUUCACCACCUGCUUCAUCAAAAACUUCCAACUUCUCCAUUUCUCCAAAAAUAUCACCUGUACAAGGAAAAUCGACGUCACAAUCUCCACUGGUUCCACGAAGGAUUGCCUUUAAUAUUCAAAGUUCUGCGCUCAGCAACAAAUUAUUUCAAUGCGAGUCUGACAAUCCUCUGCAAGUAAAAAAUAUUGAACGUUCCUCAACGAGCUUUAAAGCGAACACAAACAAUGGAGAGGAAGAUGCGAAUACAACUAAAGAAGUCGAGGGGAUUUUCAAAACAAGUAUGGUCGAUAAGGAAGCUAAAUUGCUUGAGAAUCAGAUGAAACAUCUCCAAAAUAGAAAAAGAAACAAAGAACUGGAACUUAUGGAGCAUUUUAAAAGUGACACCGAAAAUCUUCUGCUCGACGAAAUUACUCUCCAGUCGCUACUGCUACGAGAUUAUGAACAGUUCAUCAAAAAUGAAAGGGAAAGGAAUGCAAAGGAAUUUGACUCGUUAUCAAGUACCCCUUCGACUUUACCGAAAGUUGAAUUGUAUGAUGUUGGUAAACAGCGACCAGUAUCUGCUGUCGAACUCCGAAAUAUCCAGGAUAAUAAUGUGUGUUUAGAAUCAAUUAUUGAUUUAGUACAUCCAGUUAGUGAGCAAAUGAAAUACACGAGAGAAAUGAAGUCAAAUGGUAUGAGUAUUUGGGAUAUGGAGUCAACAAUGUCCGAUACAAUACAUUCAUGUCAAAGAAAUCAUUCUGCUGCAUCUCGCUUGUCGUUUUUUGAUGGUUUGGACAGGAGGUCCUGGCCCUGAGAAAAAGAGUUUUAUUGCCUUCAAAGAAACUGUAAAAGAACGUUGAGAAAAAUAUGAAACACGUGUUUAGAAAUCGCAAUUGAAUUAAUAACGUAAAUUGAAAUUGUAUGGUUGUUUGAUUGUCUAAGUUAGCUUACAUUUACAAUGACCUCAAAUUUCAUCUCAUUAAAAAUGGUAUGAUUAUA